UUCUAGAUUUUUUAACGGACCUAGAUUUAAAUGUAUUAAAAUAGUCAACCAGCAAAGUUAUCACUUCGCGUUUUGUGAGUUAAAUGUAAUAGACGUCUUUGGAUUUUGUAUUCAAUGUACCGAUAUCAGCUUUUAUUUGCAAAAUAAAUAAAAAACUGAGAAUUAUCAACAACUUGAUUUGAACGAGAGAUCAUGAAUUAAGCUUUAAGUGCCAUGCAUUUCAGACAUUAAAUAUAUCUUUAGUCUUUAAUAUUGGUAGAUUUUAUACAUAUAGCCAUGUCCGCCACACGACCUACAAUAAACAAUAACUAUCUCCCAGAAACCCCUUCUGUUAUAAUGAUGCCAUCACGGCUACAGUUCCUGGCGCCCAAUAAUUACACGUCAUGUAACCAGUUCACGUUUGGUUCACCGACCCAAUCGUCAGCCUGUACUUCAUCCCAGCAAAUGCCGAUAUCCUCAUCGCGGGGAAUAUUUAUGCACAGAAUGUCAGCGCCUGGUUUGGGCGUAUCCUGGCAACAUACAGUACCGAAGACAAUGCCUUGGUCAGAAGCAUCGGCUAUUCAAUUUACAUCUCGACCAAUCACAUCAGCAUGUAGAUUUAACUCGAGAACAUAUGGUCAAUGUUCGUCAUCGUCAUCACUUCCACAACCCAAACCAAAACGACAUCUAGUUACAUUUGAUGAUGAGGCCACACCUAAUAAACGUUUAUUAACAGAAGAAAGAAUGGCUGCUAGAAUGGAGAAUUUAUUUAUAGGUAAAUCACCAGCUCAUGUACUAGGGAAAGAUAACUCUAACACUACUGAUAGCUGGGAAAAAUUUCUACAGUUGGAAGAGAGAUUGAAGGAUGAUGAGAUAAUAAUAGAAGAUGAAAGAAUGACAGAAGAAAGAAUAAAUAACAAUGGUUUUAAAAUAUCGGAUGAUCUGAAAGAUAAAAUAUUUUCUCGAGAACCAAUUUUACCCUCACAAGUUUUACAAAACCUAAGUCAGCCAUCUUUACAGCUUGUACUGUGGAAACCACCAGAAGGGGUCGUAUCAGAAAUAUUACAAAAGGUUAAAAAGGAGAAAUACGAGGACAAAGAUUCUAAUGUAGAUUAUCGUCGUGACAACCAGAUUAACCAAUCAUUAGACAGAGAGAAAGAGAUUCAGUCAAUCAAUACUAAUGAUAUUACCGAAAUGGAUGUGGAAAUGUUUGAUAAUGUUGACGAUGAAAUGUUGUUAUGACGACAGUUAUAAGUAGAAUACCAUAUAGAUACUGUAUCGAAUCAUCAUAAAUUAUAGAAAGGUUGACUUGCUAUCCAUGAAAAUAAACGAACAACCUAUGAUCUGUUGUCAUGGUUUCUAUUGAUCUUAGCAACAUGUUCCUCUGUUGUCAUGACUUCCAGGGAUCUUAGAAACAUGUACCUCUGUUGUCAUGGUUUCCAGGGAUCUUAGCAUCAUGUACCUAUGUUGUCAUGGUUUCCAGGGAUCUUAGCAUCAUGUACCUAUGUUGUCAUGGUUUCCAGGGAUCUUAGCAUCAUGUACCUCUGUUGUCAUGGUUUCCAGGGAUUUUAGUAAUAUAUACCUCUGUUGUCAUGGUUUCCAGGGAUCUUAGCAACAGGAUAAGAUAACAUCCACUCCAAACCCGUUUGUAAUAAACCAGUUAUUUAGAACCCCAGAUAACUUUCAGUAAUUAAGCUUAACCAAAAAUAAAAUUGACAUCAAUUCAAAUAUUUCUUGUGUCAAUGAAGUUUUACAAAACAAGUUAUAUUUAAUUCAAUAUUUCUUCCUGUCAGUGAAGAUUUACAAAACAAAGGACAUUUAAUUCAAUAUUUCUUCUUGUCAGUGAUGUGUUAUUUACGAAUGUUUUUUUUUAUUUUUAAGUAUUACUUAUACACUCAAAAUCAAAAGGACAAGUUGUGCCUUAAUUAUUAUAUGAUUUAGCUCCCAUGAUGUUUUUUUUAGCCUAUUAUUAAUGUAUUACAUGUUUUAAUUAUUGACUAUGUUGUGAUGGACCAAAUUACCUAUAAAUAGCAUCUGUAUAUUAUCAUACAUCAAUAAUACUUCACAUCUUCAUGAUAUUACCGCGCAUAAGUCUGAACGGUGACAGACAUCUUUAUAUUGUCAUAUUUCAAUAGUCGGCCUACUUGUUUACAUAUGUCAAUAGUAGGCCUAUUUGUUUACAUAUGUCAAUAGUAGGCCUACUUGUUUACAUAUUUCAAUAGUUGGCCUACUUGUUUACAUAUGUCAAUAGUCUGCCUACUUGUAAUUACAUAUGUCAAUAGUCUGCCUACUUGUUUACAUGUCAAUAGUAGGCCUACUUGUUUACAUAUGCCUAUAGUAGGCCUACUUGUUUACAUGUUUAUAGUUUUUAUGUGUAAAAUCACUUGAAAUUGUUUAGAACAAAUAUCAAGGUAAUCUGAAAGUAAACACGGUUGACUAGCUGUCAAAAUGUUUAAAGUGUAAGCCUAGUAUUGGUAUCACUGUGGGCCGUAUGAUUGUCAUGAUCAACCAGUCUAGUGCUUAUAUUGCUGUGUUAUUAUAGGCAUGAUGAACCAGUCUAGUGCUGCUAUAACUGUGGACUGUAUGAUUGUAGUCAUGAUCAACCAGCCUAGUGCUGCUAUUACUGUGGACUGUGUGAUGAUCAACCAGUCUAGUGCUUAUAUUGCUGUGUUAUUAUAGGCAUGAUCAACCAGUCUAGUGCCACUAUGAUGGUAGUCAUGAUCAACCAGUCUAGUGCCACUAUCAUUGUGGACUGUGUAAUGACAAUCAUGAUCAACCAGUCUAGUGUUGUUAUCACUGUGGGGCUUUAUGAUGGUAGUCAUGAUCAACCAGUCUAGUGCUGCUAUCAUUGUGGACUGUGUAAUGACAAUCAUGAUCAACCAGUCUAGUGCUGUUAUCACUGUGGGGCUGUAUGAUUGUAGUCAUGAUCAACCAGUCUAGUGUUGUUAUCACUGUGGGGCUGUAUGAUUGUAAUCAUGAUCAACAAGUCUAGUGGUCUGAUAGUUAUGUAUUAUAUAUUUUUUAUAGGUAUCUUUGAUUGUUAAAUAUGUAGAUCUUAAAUUAUAGUCUGUUCACUUUAUGAACACAUGAAACAAGCAGUGGAAAACGAUGACAACUCUCGUAAAGUAGGUCUAAUGUAGCUGGAGACUAGUAGUAGGAGGACAUCUAAACUGGGAUCUCAGCUGUACAUAGGGGGUUCAGGAAGAUGACGAAAUGAGAAACAACCCCUGUAUCCAGUGACGAUUAAUCAACUCCUUGGUAGUAAUAAACAGGGGUUGCUUCUCAAUAUAUUUAUCAACACAUCUGUUAUAUGUUAAAGUUGCAAUUCGAUAUCAGAGUGGUACUGCCGUCCAGGCAAUAUUUCCCUUGUACCACACUGCUUGACGCAUGUCCGUCUCCAAUAACCCUGGUGGAGUAGAAAUGCGACCUUUCGAUAUCAUAGUGCUGCCACCAUUCAGGCAAAAUUUCCCUCAUAGCACACUGGCUGUCUUCAUUAGUGUGGCUGGAGCAGAAACACAAAAUGUAAAAACCCAUUUUAUUUUAUUAUUCAAAUUGUUAAGAAAGAGAGAGAGAUAAGUGCGGUUUAACAUCCACUCAACACAAACUAGGUCAUUUCGGGACUAACAUAUGGUUUAAUUUUAUUUCAAUAAUUUGCUUGCGCGUGGGGGUCUUUAGCAGUGGGAGGAAACCGGAGGACCCGGAGAAAACCCAGGAGGUUGGACAGGCGGGGAUUCGAAACUAUGCCAGUUGACUCCAUGACAGGCUUUAUUAUAACCAUUCGGCCAUCCAACCCCCCUGUUAAGAUAGAGUGUUAAAAAUAUUAGAAUAUUUUGCGAUAUGAAUUGUCUUAUAAUGUGAACAGACUAUAAUAGAAAUGUUUAUUUUUGUAUUAUGAAUAUUUUGUGCUUCUACAUUCUCGUUGUUCGAUCAGCCUAUUGACUGAAAUAUAGGCUAAUGUCCAUAGCUGAAACUGAAUUUUACAUGGAGGUCCAAGCCUCCUUUUCCUGGCUUCAGCCUAGUUAAUUUAUACUGAAAUAUAGGCUAAUAUCCCUAGCUGGGACGGACUUUUACAUGGAGGUCCAAGCCGCCUAUUCCUGGCUUAUACUCAAAUAUAGGCUAAUGUCUAUAGCUGAAACUGACUUUUACAUGGAGGUCCAAGCCUCCUAUUCCUGGCUUCAGCCUAGUUGAUUUGUACUGAAAUAUAGGCUAAUAUCCCUAGCUGGAACGGACUUUUACAUGGAGGUCCAAGCCUCCUAUUCCUGGCUUCAGCCUAGUUGAUUUGUACUGAAAUAUAGGCUAAUAUCCCUAGCUAUAACAGACUUUUACAUGGAGGUCCACAAGCCUCCUAUUCCUGGCUUCAGCCUAGUUAAUUUGUGAUGAAAUAUAGGUGAAUAAUAUCCCCAGUAAACCUCAUUUAUACAUGGAGGUCCUAGUGUGCUAUUCUUUGGUAUCAGCCAUGUUAAUGUAUAAUGAAAUAGACUUUUUAUGUAUUCCUAGUACUAGUUUAUACAUGGAGGUCCUAGAGCGGACGAUUCUUUGGUUUCAGCCAUGUUAUUUUAUAAUGAAAUACGCUUUUCAUGUAUUCCUGGUACUAGUUAUACAUGGAGGUCCUAGAGUGGGUGAUUCUUCCCAAAAACUACAAGCUAAAGAGUACUAGUAGCCCUGGACCUUUCUGUCAGGUAAUUAUUAAGUAAUAGAAUUAGGACAUUGAUAUAUUUGUGCUUUUGAAUAAUUGACAAUCGCGACUUUUAUAUGUGUUGUUUUAUUUUUGGAGGUAAUUGAUAUUGUGUUUAUAUGUUGUGAUGUAUGUAUAAAAUACGUGAUUUCUCGAAGUUUUUCUUUAGUUGUUAAUUAAAUGUACAAGGUAUAGAUUACGAGUAUAAGAACUACCUAGACACAUGUAGUAUGUAAUGAUGAUACAUUGUAAACAUGUUGUAUAUUAAUGUAAUGAUGAUAAGUUGUAAACAUGUUGUACAUAAAUUCAGUAUGUAAUGAUGAUAAGUUGUAAUCAUGUUGUAUAUAUAAAUGUAUAUAAUAUACUCUUACUGUACUGGUGUAUGUAAUACUGGUGCACUGUCACUACUGGUGUAUGUAAUACUGGUGCACUGUCACUACUGGUGUAUGUAUAGUAUAUUAUACCGUUAUAUACUAUAUAUUAUACUGUCACUACUGGUGUAUGUAUAGUAUAUUAUACCGUUAUAUACUAUAUAUUAUACUGUCACUACUGGUGUAUGUAAUACUGGUGCACUGUCACUACUGGUGUAUGUAAUACUGGUGCACUGUCACUACUGGUGUAUGUAAUACUGGUGCACUGUCACUACUGGUGUAUGUAUAGUAUAUUAUACCGGUAUAUACUAUAUAUUAUACUGUCACUACUGGUGUAUAUAUAGUAUAUUAUACUGUCUCUACUGGUGUAUAUAUAGUAUACUAUACUGUCACUACUGGUGUAUAUAUAGUAUAUUAUACCGUCGCUACUGGUGUAUAUAUAGUAUAUUAUACUGUCACUACUGGUGUAUAUAUAUAGUAUACUAUCACUACUAGUGUAUAUAUAGUAUAUUAUACUGUCAAUACUGGUGUAUAUAUAGUAUACUAUACUGUCACUACAGGUGUAUAUAUAGUAUAUUAUACAGUACCGGUAUAUUUGUAGGUUAUUAUUCAAAUAAAU